UCGCCGAUGCGCAUUUCGGGCUAGGCAGCUCUGGCAGUCGUGCUAUUGAGUCAGCAACAAGAAGGCUCAGCUGAACGCUGAAACCUUUCAGAGGUGGAGUUUCAGCACAUUGGAAACACUGAAUUAAUUUACUUAAAAAACUGAGCUAUUUGGAGUUUUUUUUUUUUUCUUUCCCCUUCACCCACUAAUUUUCUACAAAAAGAGGACUCUUCAUUUUUCUUCAGGCACUACUCUCCUGGAGGUCACACUUUUGCUAGGGACCCUUAUUGGUAACCCUACCAUCCACAAUGAAGCUGCUGGCAUCUGCCACCAUCACACUACUCAUGGCUCUGCUGUCCUUGAGCCAGUCUUCGGAGUACGAGUACCUAAACUGGAAGACAGAGACGUUCACGGGCGGGCGCACUUAUGACCGGCCGCCACAGUGCAUGCCCAUCCCGGACGACCUACGGCUGUGCCACGACGUGGGCUACGGUAGCAUGCUUCUUCCCAACCUGCUGGAGCACGAGACCAUGGCAGAGGUGAGGCAGCAGGCAGGCAGCUGGGUGCCUCUGCUGCACAAGAACUGUCACGCGGACACGCAGGUCUUCCUGUGCUCGCUGUUCGCACCCGUGUGCCUGGAGCGGCCCGUCUACCCAUGCCGCUGGCUGUGCGAGGCGGUGCGUGACGGCUGCACGCCUAUCAUGGAGUCGUUCGGCUUCCCGUGGCCCAGAAUGUUGCACUGUGACCAGUUCCCACAGGACGAAGUGUGCAUCAGCACACCCAACACUACAGAGGCCCGACAGCCCAAGGGUUACCUUCCAGUCUGUCCUCCCUGUGAAGACGAAAUGAAGACUGAUGUUAUUUUGGAGCAUAUGUGUGCCAGCGAGUUUGCCAUCAAGACCAAGAUCAAGGAGGUGAAGCGGGAGAACUCUGACCGCAAGGUGAUCCUCCAGAAGCGGCGCAAGGCACUGAAGUUUGGCAGCCUGAGGAAGAGGGACCUGAAGAAGCUCACCCUGUACCUGAAGAACGGUGCCGACUGCCCCUGCUCGCAGCUCGACAACCUGAGCAACACCUACCUCAUCAUGGGCCGCCGUGUGGACAAGCAGCACCUCAUCACAGGCAUCCACAAGUGGGAUAAGUCCAGCAAGGAGUUCAAAAAGACCAUCAAGAAACUAGAAAGCCACAAAUGCCCCACCUUCGAGAGCCUCUUCAAAUGAUCCAUCCGCACCCCCCCCCCGACCACAAACCGUCCUGCUUUUAAUCAAACUUGCACAUCCAAGCAACCAGAAAUAUUGCUCCCCAUCCCUUUGUUUAUAUACAGUAUAUAUUAUAUUUCUAUGUGUACUUUUCAAAUCAAACCCUCUUUUUAAAGGGGCCUGUUAGAGGAUAAUGUAUGACAUACACUGUCCAGCAGAAACAACUAAUUACAAAUGUAUAUAUCCAUAUCUGUCCAGACUGUUUUGUAAAAUUAUCAGAAUCCUUCUUGAAGUUCUAUUAUUUCCUAUCUUUUUAUAAAAGGAUAGUGAGAACACACUUCUAUGCUGGCUACUAUGCUUAAUGGAGUAUUCCAAAAGGUAUUUUACACUGUGAAUUUUUUUUUCUUAAGCCUUGAAUGUUCCCUUCGCAUAGGUCAAAGAGCUUAAUUUUGUCAUUCUUUGGCAGAAGUUUUUUUUUUAUUAUUAUUAUUGCUUUAGUUUUUCCAUAUUAUCAUUAUCGCACACUGUGAGAACUCGCAACAGACAACACAGUAAACGUUAUUGAGUAACUGGUCAGAUAUUCCAACUCAUUUUGCAUUCAGCAUUCUGUUGCGUUUGAGUUGUGUUGAAGCAGCGCAGAGAGAUACUCGACUACAAUACUCGAUUAUACUCGACUAUAGUCAGUAUAGUCAUUCCUCGUUGAUUUAACAUACUAAACUAACGAAGAGAAAGAAACCUAUUGUCAACAACAGCUUUUCUCUUGUCAGUAUUGCUAUUAUUCCGUGCAGUAUACAUGUUAAACCACGAUUAUCUUUGACCAAAGUUGUUUCUUCUUUUUUUCCUUCUUUUUGAAAGGCAAACUCCCCAAAAUGCCGAAUUUCACUAAUCUAUGGUUUAUGGUCCCAGUUGCCCACAAAUGUUCCUCGCUCUGGGAGAACAUUUGCGUCUUGAAAAAAAAAUGCAUACUCUGCAUUACAAUGUGCACAUGAAAAUACCUUCUUUUUUUUUUCCCUUAACUGUAGCACUAUUAGAUCGGUCCCUUGUGUUUCCUUUGUAAACAUUUUGCCAAUCAUUUUGUACAUAAAAUUCUAACACAAAUAUAGAAUAAAACCGUGACACAAA